UAAAAAAACAUCAUGCAACAAUAACAAAGCUAGUAUUCGUCUUCCCCACUUUUCAUCAUAAAAAAUUUCUUCCCCACGAUUGUAAUUAUUUAUUUAAGAAAAACAAACAAACCAGAAGUCUGAUGACUGUUGUGAUCUCUCUUCUGCCAAGAAACAGAGAAAAAAACCAAGUAAAAAGCUGUCUCCGGUAAUAAUACAAGAGCCUUCCACUUUCACAAGGAUUUAAUGGGCGAAAGGGGUCGGAGCUUUCAGGUGGAUCCGAACGUCCCAAGAUAUGCAUGCCAGAACUGCCGUAACUAUCUCUGCGUCGUCGGCGCCGAUUCCUACGCCGAAAAAUUCUUCCACGAUUUCUCUCGCUCCGGCAUGCAGGAUGAGUCCUUUGUGGUUGUUUAUAAAUCUGAGUCCUCAGCGGAUGGUGGUGGGGUCCAUUUUCCGUUACCUGAAGCAGGACCCAAUGGUCCUUUGCAGCCUAACAAUUCUGGGUUUCACUCUACUAUAACUCUGCUGGAUCGUGCAUUUGAGAUUGCCACCACCCAAACACUGGUUGAGCAACCUUUAUGCAUUGAAUGCAUGAGGGUAUUGUUUGAUAAACUUGACAAGGAGGUUGAAGAUGUGAAUAGGGACAUUAAAGCAUACGAAGCCUGUCUUAAACGCUUGGAGGGUGAGACAAGGGAAGUGCUUGGUGAGACUGAUUUUCUCAGGGAAAAACUAAAGAUUGAGGAAGAGGAGAGAAAACUUGAAGCAGCAAUUGAAGAAAUGGAGAAACAGAAUGAAGAAGUAAAUAAUGAACUCAAGGGACUUGAGUUAAAAUCUAGCAGAUUUAAGGAGUUGGAGGAGCGGUACUGGCACGAGUUCAAUAUUUUUCAGUUUCAAUUAAUUUUGAAUCAGGAAGAAAGAGAUGCAAUUUUGGCCAAGAUUGAAGUUUCACAAGCACACUUAGAGUUGUUGAAACGAACUAAUGUGCUCAAGGAUGCCUUUCCCAUUGGGCAUGAUGGAGAAAUUGGUACCACUAACAAUUUUCGACUUGGACGACUUCCUAAAAUUCCGGUUGAGUGGGAUGAGAUAAAUGCUGCCUGGGGUCAAGCCUGCCUUCUUCUCCAUACAAUGUGUCAACAUUUCCGGCCAAAGUUUCAGUAUCGAAUAAAAAUACUUCCUAUGGGCAGCUACCCUCGGAUUAUGGACAACAACAACAAUAUUUAUGAGCUGUUUGGUCCGGUGAACUCGUUCUGGAGUACUCGCUAUGACAAAGCAAUGACAUUGUUCUUGACAUGCCUCAAGGACUUUGCUGAAUUUGCAAAUUCCAAGGACGAAGAAAACAACAUACCACUCGAAGAAUGCUUUAAAUUGCCCUACAAGAUUGAGAAUGACAAAGUGGAAACGUGUUCGAUCACUCAAAGCCUCAAUAAGCAGGAGAAUUGGACUAAAGCUCUCAAGUACACCCUCAACAAUUUGAAAUGGGCUCUGUAUUGGUUUGUUGGGAAUACAAAUUUCCAGCCUCGUUCUCCAGCAGCGUCUUCUUCACAUGCUGAAGUCUCAGGUGUAGGCUCUUUGUACUCGAGACGCAGUACCGACUCCAAGUCUGAGUUCCGAAGCUAAUCAAAUCCACGACAUAGGUAUCGAAUACAUAUUAUACCGACUUGUAUAUAGAAACACCGUGGUUUAGUCUUGUGCAGUUAAAAGCAUGGUUUGUAGUGUAUUGUAAUUCUUAACUGAAGUAUUCAUAAUAUUAGAGCAAAGGAUUGCCGUUUUUUUCUGCA